UGUUUACAACAUGUAGUUUUGUAGAGUCCCCUCAGGCACAGCACGGGCAGGUAGAGAGGAUCUUGCAGCCCUGCCAGGAGAGCAUGGGAGGAAAAACCUCUCGAUCGCGGAGGUACAUGUGCAGCUAGUUUACUUUUGCUGAAAACAUUUUCUGCUUUAGUCUCUUAAAGGAAGCUCUGGGUAAGGUGACACUAUGGCGCUCCUUUGUUAGAGAGCACGCUUCCCAGGAAGGGUGGAAACAGCAGAGAGCAGCCAGUCUGGACACGGAGUACAAUGCCUUACCGUCCUGUGUCAUAAGGGAAGAGCAUCUAUCCGUCAACUCAGUGGAUUGUGUUAACCAGGAGCAUUGCUACACUGGGAUGGACAGAGAGGAAAGACAUACCCCAGGUUUACGACUGUUCUGACCAUUUGUGUGGUGAAGGAGUUGGAAAGAUUGGAGUCUGUUUCAAGUGGCACCGAUGGGAUUUUUACACAUGUAACUCCUAAUGCAUCCAAAUCUGCCUGUGAAGAGAGAGAGAGACAGCUCAGUCUCCGCAUAGUUCCAACCAGGACUUGGCAAAAGGACUGAUGCUUCAACCUCUCUAAAGGUUUGGAGUUGUGUGCUGCGGAUGGGAUACAACACAGACACAGUGCAAAUAACCAGACCUGUGAGUGUGCUGUGAUAACAGGGGACACUUGGGUGCGUAGGAGUUGCUGUAUCGGAGCCAACCUUUAGACCUAAGCUGGCUCGCCAAAUGCCACUGACUCGUGCCUCAACUUCACCUCUGAGUUGCCAUGGCCAAGUUAGAGACCCUGUCUGUUCUUAGUGACCCAAGCUACCAGAGCCAGGACACCUUCCACUCGUUUGCCUCCAGGCCCUCUGAAUCUGCCUCCCAAAACACUAUGGGAAGCGUGGGCAGCGGAGUCGCCAAUGAGCAAGAGUUUGCGAUGAAGAGUGUGGGAACCAGGACUCAGAGCAGCAGCAGGCAGGCUGAUGGCUCGCGGAAUGGCUAUUCCACGCGGGAGAUCUCUAACCGUUACUCCGGGGAAGAGAAGACCUACAAGUCAGAGAAGAUCUCCAACUCCCUCUACAUCAAUGGGGACUUGCGCAAGAGUGAGAAGAUGAAGAUAGACAUUUGUGGGAACGUUACCACCAACAACGAGAAAAACCUGCCGCCUCCUCCCCAGUACAGAGAACCCAGUAACCCACCAAAGAUAUUGCCAGUCUCUGGCAAAUUGGACCAGAGCAAUGAGCCCUUAGUUAGACCUUCAGCCUUUAAACCAGUAGUUCCUAAAAACUUCCAUUCCAUGCAGAAUCUCUGCCCGCCGCAGAACAAUGGAAUAACAGAGAACAGAAAGAGUUUGAAUCACACCAACAGCAAUAGCCCAUCUGCAGGCAAAAGCGGACUGGAGAAGACCAGCCUUAAUAGGACUACAAACCAAGUGGGAGGUCUUUCCGAUUCUGGCCGUAACUCUUUGACGAGCUUGCCCACUUACGGGACGGGCUACAGUCAGCACGUUGGCCCAAUGAGUGCUUCAACUAGUCACAUAAACCGCAUUGGCACAACCUAUGUAGAUAAGAACAUAGUGGGAUACAAUGGAAUAUCUACCUCAGACAGUGGACGGUCUUCAAGCAAGAGUACUACUUCUUUCAAUAGGCUCAACCAUCUGAACGAAACAAUGCCUUUCCAUUCACCCUCGACAGAUGACGUUAUCCAGGACCUGGAGGACAGGCUGUGGGAGAAGGAGCAGGAGGUCUUGCAGAUGAGAAGAAACCUGGACAAAAGCGAGGCUGCCAUCUUCCAAGUGUUUGAGGAGAAGCAAAAGAUCUGGGAACGUGAAAUGGAGGACCUCAGGCAAAAUUAUGCAAAUAAACUGCAGCAGGUCUCCAAGAAGGCCCAGAGGGCUCAACAGGCCUUGCAGCUCCAGAUCUUCAAGCUCCAGCAAGAGAAAAAAAAGCUCCAGGAUGAUGUGGGGCAACUUCUCCAGCAGCGAGAAGAGCUGGAGAAAAAAUUUGUGGCUUUCAAGAAAGAACAGGCUGAGUUUCUUCCCAAGAUUGAAGAAACCAAGUGGGAGGUGUGCCAGAAAGCUGGUGAGAUCUCACUACUCAAGCAACAACUGAAGGAUUCGCAAGCUGAUGUCUCUCAGAAACUGAACGAGAUCGUGGGGCUGCGGACUCAGCUCAAAGAAGGUAAGAACUUCCUGAAAGAGAAGGAAGAACAGAUCAUCACCCUGAAAGACUCCUACAGCUCCAAGACUGUCAACCUGGAGGUCUGCGAGAAUGAGCUGCAGAGAAAGAUGAAUGAGGUGCAGAUGCUAAGGGAAAAACUCAACCACUGUGAGCUGGAGGUCUCUGGCCUGAAGCAGACACUGGCCAGCAUGGGGCACCAUGGCCAUUUCAAUGCAGAGCUCACCGAGAAACUAAGGGACCCGUUGGCAUGUGAGAGCGAUGAGGCCAAGAUGAAGCGCCAGAAUGAGGACAGUGUCAUUGCCCUGAAGAAGGAGGUUGAGCGGCUCCAGACGGAGCUGAAGCUGGAGCGCCAGCAGCGGGAGCAGCAGGUGAUAGACUUUGAGGAGGAGCGGCGCACGUGGCAGGAGGAGAAGGAGAAGGUGAUCAAAUACCAGAAGCAGCUACAGCUGAACUACGUGGAGAUGUACCAGAAGAACCAGCUCCUGGAGCACAAGGUGAAUGAGAUGACCACCAAGGCUACCAGCCCGCCUUACACCGAGGAGAAAAAACCAUGGACUCCAUCCAGGCUGGAGCGAAUAGAGUCCACUGAGAUCUAACAAGGGACCAAGUCAAUAAAAGUAAUUUUUAUUACUGUGCAUGUACUACCUACUCCAGCCAGUGAUCUUCCUAAGAAUAAUGUGCUAUUUUACCAGAGGUGUGAAUGCACCGAACCCCCCACCCUUAUUCUCUUCCUCAGUGCUCUGUAAGUAAACUAACCGUGGAUGUACAUUGUUAUACUAUUGAUGAUGCUACAUCAGUUUCUCCUAGUACAGCUAGGAAGGGCCCAGGGGCCCUUUAGGAAUCUGCCGUGACUGUUACUUCUCUAUAUGCUGCCAUCCCUUCCACCAUCAUCAAUUCCCCUGCCCUCUGCGUUUGUUUUUCCCCCCCCCCCAUCAGUUCAUGCAGCAAAACAGUGCAAAGUGACAGGGUUUUUCAGGGCAUUUUAGCCACAUUGGCUAAUAGAGCAAAUCUCUGGGGAUCAGAAGAACCGUGCAGUUCAGCACGUCACGGUAUUGAUGAUACUUGUCUGACAGCCUAAUCCAGUGAAGUCAGUAGGAGGUUUGCCACUGACUUCAGUGAAACCAGGCUUUGACCCUAUUCAAAUAAGUCUCUAUAGCAAAUGCAUUGCUGACAAUUGCCAAGGUCCAUGAUGUCACUAGGGGCUAGAAUAAGCCAGUAUAGGUACAAUGAGCCAACACCAACCGCUGCCCAAAAUGAACUGCGAGUUGCGUUUGAGGUUCUGAAAACAUGCUGUGCUUUGGCUUUGCUAUUUACAUUCACGUCCCCUUCCACUUCUGGGCAAUGAUCAGGACUAGAAGCAGAAAUGGCAGCAAACCCCACUAGUUUUCCUGUAUUUCUGGCCUGGCCAAAAUAAGGAGUCCCCAGUAAUUCAGGCAGCAAUUCCCAUUCCUCAGGUGAGAUCCCGGAGGAAAGAACUUUGACAAAACUUCAGAGAAGCAUUCAAACUCCUUCCACGUGUGUCCAAAUCAGAAAUGAACCCGUGGGGGAUGCCAGGUGGUGACACUAUCCUGCUCCCAAAACAAAGGUGCCAGGGUUGACUUUCCUCUUGCCGUUGUUCCCUGGAGAGGUGGUCUAGUUACAGAAGGGCCUCAGGAAACCGCCCACACAUUUGCAGACUCUGCCGUGCUAGUGAACAAGCAUCAGCACCAUGGAUAGAUGUGGCAGGAGUUAAGACCCUAGCAUAAGAAGUAACUUAGGCCCCCGUUCAACAAAGGACCCAAGCACUGGAAUGGGUUACCUAGGGAGCUGGUGGAAUCUCCUUCCUUAGAGGUUUUUAAGGCCCAGCUUGACAAAGCCGUGGCUGGGAUGAUUUAGUUGGUGUUGGUCCUGCUUUGAGCAAGGGAUUGGACUAGAUGACUCCCGAGGUCUCUUCCAACCCUGAUAUUCUAAGCAUGUGCCUAUGAACCAUGCUGAGUCGGGGACGUAGGAAAAUCCUAGGGACCCAAGUCUACCUGCAGAUGCGGGCGUACAAUUGCCAAGUCUCACACCUGGACCCAAGGGCAGCAUUCAGCCAUAAAUGGGCCUGAUUCUGUCUCCUACUAAAGAUGUGUCACACCCUUCCGGAAGUGUAACGGGGUCUUCAGGUGGGACUCAGUUGAAGCAGUGGAGUGCGGGAGGCUCGGUGUCACUCAGGAGGAAGCCCAGUGUCCUUUCCAGAGGGAGAGCUAGAAGGAACAAAGAUGCACAGGGUGUCGAAUGAGCAGCGACACAAACCCCUACACAGUGAUUUCAAUGAGAGUUCAGGCCCGAGCGUGUAUUGGGCGAGAGCGGCAGGACGAGACAGGCUCAGCGCUGUGGAAAGAGCAGCCGAGAAAAGACAUGGAAACUGCUCAUUUUCCAUAUGUCCCCUCAGCUGAGCUCGCACUACGAGCUGGUGGCUCACAAUUCCUCGGGGGGCAGAGGGGAGAGGUGUUGAACUUUGGUUGGGAUUUACAACAUCUUGGGGAAAGCCCAGGAUUCAGCAAGCAGGGCUCACGGCAGAUAGGGGAAACUGACCAAUUCUCAGAGAGUUUCAGGCUGUUGUUUUCCAGCGGACUUUGCCCAUUGAGCAGGCGCCAGCAGUGACCAGCACGGGCUAUGGGUGGUGCUGGUGGAUGACAAUGGUCGCUGUUGCUGUACAAGUGAAGGCUUCUCGCAGGAUGACCCAUCUCAGCCUGUCCUGGGAGGGCUCCUCAGUUUUCCCCCUGCUGCUCUUGUACUAGGGGAGGCAAAGAAAACAUAUUGCAUCAGUCCGGCAAAAACUAAGGCAAAUACCUGUGAAACCGGCUGUCCCAGAGACGAGCCCAAGCCAGCUGCCUCACAAACGGUGUUUGAUUGAUGGCCAAAUGGCACUGUCCUGGUCUUGGGGUGGGCUAUGUAGGAUAAGGAGUGGGCUUGGCGCUUGGAGAUGGGGGUGCACAUACUGAAUAUACAGGGUGGGCCUAAUGCAAAGCCCAGUGGAAAGUCUCAUUGACUUAACGGGCUUUGGAUGAGACCCUAAAUCAGCUGCUGCUCCAUUGAAGUCAAUGGGACUCCAGUAUAACAUCCUUGUGAGAGAGGAGUCUGGCGUUGACUGUAGGCCCUGUAGCCCCGUUAUGGGAGCAGAAGCACUUACAGUAGGAGGGAGAUUGACGUCAACGGGAGCCAGAUCAGUGGCAAAGCUCCCAGUCAUAUGAAGAGGAGCAACCUUAGCCACCGUCCUCUCUGUGUGUAGAGCCAGGACGGCGCGGGAGGGGGCAUUGCUUCCCAGCCACCGUCCGUCAGCGAGGGCUUCAGCUGGGCGCGUUAUUCCAUUCCAGUCUUAACAAUGGACGAGACCAUUGCAAGCUUGAUUUCUCGCUUUGCUGCCCAUUUGUAAUGGUGCAAUUGUGUCCCUGCUCGGGUCUCCAGGUGCCGAUCGUUAAUCCGCCCCCAGCCAGGCAGCAGAGUGAGCAAUAACAGGUGCUGCUUGAGGGCACAAAGGGCCGAGGCUGUGUGCGCAGAGCAGCAUGCAGACACCAGAGAGGAGGACUCGGCUAGAACGUCAGCGUGGCAGCGCCUGCCAGUUCUGCUGCUGUUAGACCUGGCGCCGUUCCCAGGCGAGGGCUUGUUUUCCCUCCCCGGUGCUGUUACAGUCAGUGCAGUUCCACAGGCAAACGUUCUGUGCCCCGGGGGCGGGAGGGGGUGUCUGUAUCUAAUUUGCAUGCCCAGUUGUUGGCCUGUUGGAGCCAUACCUGGGCCACAUAGGUCUGGAAAUGCCUAGUUUGUGUGUGAAGGCUGAAUUACGUGUGUACAAAAUUAGGCCCUGUUUCUGUCAUUUUAAAUUAGCUGGGCCUGUUCCUCCGCUGACAUAAAGCCAAGUAACUCCCGUGACUUGAGUGGAGCUGGCCACCCGCCUACUCCUGCGAAGGGCUGAGCACCCUGAAUCUCCGUCAGUCAGUGUGAGGGGCUGAGUGCCCUAAACCCUCAGCGUUAGGCUUCUUCAUGAGUUCCGGGAUGGUGGGGGCCUGUGUGACCCGGCAAACCCUCUUGCUGGGCCUCAGUUUCCCCAUAAAUUACACCAGAAUCACCAUCCUUCCCUACCUCGCAGGGAUGAAUUUAUUCCUGCUCACAAAGGGCUCUGAGCUCCUUGGGUGGAAGGGAAAAGUGAUGAGCAGCUACAAAUAUUUUUAAUAGCUUUCAGACCAACUUUACAUGUAAUUUUUCGGGCCAUCAUGUAACGAGAAUUUUCAGGGAACAGUAGCUGCACUCCGAAUGGGAUGAGCCCCAGGACCUGUUAGAUCUCCUCCAUUACUAUGGGUGAAAUUCUGGUUCAAAUGAAGUUGAUGGCGAAACUCCCACUGAAUUCAGUGGGGCCAGGAUUUCCCCGUCAUUCUAAAGGGCCCCAAUCAGCCUUUGAGAAUGUUCACACCCCUGAUGUUCACCUGUGUUCCCAUUGAUGCCAUCCAGAGAACCCUUCUACCCGCUCAGUGCAUACCUGAGAUUCCUACUGGUGCCCAACAAGAGCAGAACAGACCGAUUGCAGAUUUACGUGUUCUGCAGGCUUGAAACAUUCCCUAAAUAACGAGUGAUCUAAUCAGAUCAAUAGUACACCUCCUGAAAGCUCCUUCAGGGGGUGUCUCCACAGCAAAGAAAAUCCCACUGCUGGCCUGUGCCCGCUGACUUGGGCUCUGGGGGGUUCAGGCUGGGGGCUGUUUCAUUGCUAUGUAGAAUUCUGGGCUUGGGCUGGAGUCCAGACCCUGUGAGGGUCCCAGAAGUCUACCCAGCAAUGAAACAGCCGAGUCCAAUGAGCCAGAGUUGGCUGGCACAGCCACAGGUUUCUAGCUGCUGUGAAGAUAUACCCUAGGUGUGUCCCAGAGUAGGGAGGCCAACAAUCCAUGCAUUUAAAAGCCCCUAAAUACAUAUUUAUCCAAUGCUCUGUAGCAUCCCAGAUCUUUGCAGUAAAUGGGGGGAGGGGGUGUUUUAAGACCUCCCUUAAUGUCCAUUGUACGCCACUGAGGCGGGCGUGUGAGAUGAUUCUGGGCCAGAACCUGAGGUAAUGUAAAUCGGUGUCGCUCCACUGAAGUCGGAGCUAGACCAGCUGAGGAUCUGGCGAUGUUUAAGUGACAUUAAGGCUGUGACAGGAAUCAGCCAGUGCAAAGGGAAAUUAAAGAAAAAGCUGAACCUUGAACACUCCACGGCCCCUUCCUUCACUGGCUCUGAUUUCUAUGCAAAUUAGCCAGACACUGUAACAAGCCAGACAGCAAAGUCCCCGUUUCUGCAGGGUGAUUGUGCUGCGAAUUGCUCUUUAUGUAUGACACCCGCCUGUGUGUUGCCAUUAUAAAAGGGUGGCUGAGGGGCCCAUUUGAGGUUACUUAUCCCAUGAAUCCUGUAGGGUCCCUUCCUUUCCCUGAGUCUGUAACAGACUCAUUCUGCUGGACGCGCUGCUGAUUUUAGGAACCACAGAGCCACUUAAGGACAGGGGAGGGUGUUGUGCAGAGAGUUUCCACCUUACAGGCGGAAGAUGCCUGUUCCCAACCCUCUGUUCGUGUGUCAUGACCAUUCUUCCUGCAGCUACGUCACCUUGGAUUGGGAUCUACUCAGAUCUCUUGAACUAUGCAGCUGUGAGCCCACCAUUCCUUCGGUGGGAGAGCCGCACCGAAUACCCGAGGUGCGCUCGGACGUUAGGCUGGUGAUUCAGUAAAGGGCAUUUUUCACUCCCAGGUCAGCACUGAGCUAAUGCCCCAGCGAGCUGCCGGAGGUGCCUCUUGCAGGUGAGUUGCCAAGCAGAAGGUUCUGAUCCUUAAUGACUCCAUUGAAGUCAGUAGGGCAGAUCUUUGGCUGGUGAGCAUCAGCAUAACUUCAUUGCCACAGAGCCCCGGACUUAAGUUAGCUGAAGAUUUAGCUCAAAUGAGUCACACUCGUGUAAGGGAGGGAAGAAUCAGAUCCUUUGUUUCUUUGUGUGUUUGGUUUUCUUCCAUGAUUUUGCUUCUGUUGCUUUAAGACGUCACACCUGGAUUGCUUUGGCUCAUCUCCAGAGCAGCAGGUGUGUAAUGGCUUCACAGCCAUACGGGAAAGGAUUAGAGAUAAAAACUGCGCACCUAGCUAUGCCCAGUACUGCUUAGUUUCCACCAAUCGACUGACCGGCGAUCAACCACAUCGCUACAAACAGACAAGCAAACAAUAGCGUUGCUAGCGUAAAACUGUAGGAAAAUCACUGACGGUUUUCUGUGUGUGAAGUGCUUAUUAACUGAAAUAGGAACCGAAUCACAUACUAUAUGCUGCUAAGUUAUACAGAGACAAGUGUACUUGGAUGUAAAUAACGGUCUAGUUCUGUAUAUAUGAUUAUUAAACAAAACAAAAAAAGAAACCUCUGUGACUUCUAUGUGGGUGACUGGGAUUGGCAGUAAGAGCAGAAGUCAUUUUCAAGAGCGAAGUUCUAGACUACAAGCCUGAUCCUACAAGGUGCUCAAAUCCCCAUUGACUCCAGUAGGAAUGGGAGGUGUUCUCCAUCUCCCUGGAUCACAUCCCUUGCUGUCCUGUUUAUCUGUGUGUUCCUUCUGCCCAUUGAUAGUCCUGUGGGGAACCUGAGAUGUUGACGUCCUGUUGUUGCUUUGGCGCGAGCCUUCCACAAAGCCCACCUAGGCAAAGCCGUGAAGCUCCCUCCAUUCUUCUUCUGAGACUUGGAUGCUCAGAAGAAAUGCCCAAAUCAGGAUAGCCUCUUAGGAAACCCACUGUUGAACUCUGCCACCAGCCCUAUUACCCCAUCUACCUGGCUUCAAUGGCCGUAAACAUGGCUAAUGAUCCAGUAUGCUCCAGGAUUUCCUUCUGCUGAUGGCACUUUAUAGCUUGUUUGAGAUGAUGAGCCCAGGGCCAUCAUGACCAAAGGCCAAGUUAGGGUGUUUGAAUUACGGGUUUGGAAUGGUUUCCUUCAUUAUUUCCUUCAUUAUUCCUUCAAUAAUUUCUGGGAUUAUUUAGUCUGCAGAAGAGAAGAAUGAGGGGGGAUUUGAUAGGUGCCUUCAACUACCUGAAAGGGAGUUCCAAAGAGGAUGGAUCUAGACGGUUCUCAGUGGUAGCAGAUGACAGAACAAGGAGUAAUGGUCUCAAGUUGCAGGUUUAGGUUGGAUAUUAGGAAAAACUUUUUCACUAGGAGGGUGGUGAAGCACUGGAAUGGGUUACCUAGGGAGGUGAUGGAAUCUCCAUCCUUAGAGGUUUUUAAGGUCGGGCUUGACAAAGCCCUGGCUGGGAUGAUUUAGUUGGGGAUUGGUCCUGCUAUGAGCGGGGGGUUGGACUAGAUGACCUCCUGAGGUCCCUUCCAACCCUCAUAUUCUAUGAUUCUAUGUUUCUAUGAUUUCAAAUGGUAGAUGAUGCUAGGGCAUUGGGUGUGGGCUUGCAGAAGAGAAUCUGUCCACUGGAAAAGGGCUCAGAGUCUAUUAAGGAAAUAAGCAUUGAUCAAAACUUCCUCUACACUAGGGAGAGGGAGUUGAGAGAUCUUGGUUCUUUUCCCAGUUCUAGUGCUGACUUGGGCAAGUCUCUUCAUCUCUCUGUCUCUGUUUCCCCAGAAACUCCACCUGCAAAAGUACAUUGAGAUCCUUUGAUUUCAGGGGCUGUAUGAGUGCAGGGUUAUAGAACUGGCCUACGCCAAAUGAAGGGUGCCAUUUAACUCCCACGGACUCCGUGGACUUCAGUGGGAGGUGGAUUAGGAAUCUAAACAACUCUCUUUAUCGUAGGCUAACAGCUAGCAGCAGCACUGGGUCCUGUGAGUGUCACUUUAUCUCUAUCCCUAAUAGCUCCUUAAUGCCCAGAUUAUUAGGGAAUAAAACAUUUCAGGGGCAAAACCUGAAGUCAGACUCCUUUAUUCAUGAUCCCUGCUUGGCAUGUCUGGCUAGACUCAGCCCAUCUUAACUCAGGAGUGACAGAUGCUCCCAUCGCUGAGCCCGAACUCGGGCUCCAUAAAGGAAAAAUUGCAGCAUGUAAUGAAAUGAGACUCAUAGGUUUUUCCUUCGUGUAUUUCUCUGCCGACCUAGUUAUUCUCAUCAGCCCUAGGAAACACAGUUGAGUGAUUAACGACUGGGACUGGCAGUAAGGAGAUCUGGAUUCAGUUCCCAACAUGGCUGCUGACUUGCUAAAUGAUCUUGGGCAAGUCCUGGCAUGUCUCUGUGCCUCCGUUUCCCCAGCUGUAGAAUGGGGAUAAUAAUCCUUUCCUGUCUCAGAAUGGUGUUCAUUCUUUACUGUUUGUAAGAUGCUCUGAGAUCUCCAGCUGAAAGGGGUUGGAAAAAUAGACCUAUUUUUGAAAGUGCUAUGGGAGAACAAAGAGAACAGCCUUUCCCCUCUGCCCCCUUGUGCCCCUCGCCUCAAAGGAGAGAACUUAUUAAAUGUCCCUCACAAAGAAUAAACUUCCUACAGGUAGUAACGUCUCACUGAUUGAGGUGGGGCUCAAGGCCACAACAGGCCAUGGGUUGGCACAAGGGGCAUGCCAGUGUGCUCUGUAGUGAUCAGGCUAAUGUGUGUGAACUACUGCCCACUGCUGGAUGGAAUUUGAACUGCUCAACUCCGUUAUAGGACCUAUGCUGUUCACACCCCGUGGCGAGAGGCCAUUAGCUCAAGCAGUGAGGAACCGAGCUGCUGGGGUGGGUUUCGGCAGCCAGGAUGUGCAGCACAGUGACAACAGUGAAGGCCUGGUUAGCCCCAGAUUUGAUACAGUGCGAAGAAUUCUCCUGUUUUUACCCCUGUAGCUUAAGACAUAAAAUCCGCGCACAUGACCACUUCUGCCCCUCCAGGACAUUUGCCACCAGGGCCCUUCUCCAAACACCAUGGAAGUUGCCCCUGCACAUUGCCUGGGACCGUGCAAGCACCCCUGAGAGAUGUUGCACCAAGGAGCCAUCGCUCCAUUUCCCCUUCCCUUUGGAACUCCUAGCAACUGGCUUGGCAAGCCAGCCGGAGUCAGCCCCUGGCAGGGUGAGUCUCAGUGCCUGCUGGACAGGGGAUCGCAGAAGGGCCUGGAUCUUCCACUAUUAAGGAAAUAUUGCCCAUCUUUUCUUAGGAACCACCUUCUGUUAGUAAUCAGCUGCCUUUGACAGCUCCUUUGCCAUGAAAUUAUUAGCAGGAUCUGCCCUUCUCAUCCCCAUCUGUGUUUAGAACUUGACCUAUGCUAGCUACCGGCCAAUUCAGGAUUGCCUCUCUGGGAGCUAUGCUUGUCACCUGGUUUCCAGCACAUUUAUUGAUCCCCAUGAUUUCCCCGGCCAGUGUGCGCAGAUAUUUCUUGGAACAACUUGUGCUAGCCAAUAACAUGCUCCGGACUAGCUCCCAAGUAAUCUAGUUCUCAUGCUCUGCCUAUAUUUGCCAAGCAUGCGCAAUUGUCCCAUGGCUUGUCACUGCAUUCGUUGGGGGGCUCAAAACUGUUACAACUGCAGCCAGCUGGCUGCAAUCAUGCUGGAAAACCAUUCCAAACCUAGCAACAAGCCGCAGUGCAGACUCCACCUCAGCAACACCUCAGACACUUGCCGCAGAGCAGCAAGUGAGGGAGGGAUCCCUUAGAACUUCAUUUGCCAGCUGUUACAUAUAUACACAGCUGUUGCCACACCCCCUCACAGGGCCCACAGAUCACUCUUGGUCUGAGUAGAAGAGGGAAACAAUGACAGUCACGGCUCCUGCAGUGUGGGAACUAUUAGCAAAUGCCAGCUUGUUAAUGGAGACCUCCCUUAGCAGAUCAAACGGAAUACAGGGUUCCGGAGCUAAGUUAGACACAUGGCAGUUUAUUGGAGCCAUUGGGGAUACGGAUGAAAUUGGUAGGUGAGUCUGUUCGUUUAGAUCAUAAAUCCUUGAAUAAUAUCCAAAGAGAUUAUCAUAAAAUCCGUAGCUUGGCUCAGUGUCAGGCCUGAAGAGCAAGGAUCGUACUUUUCUGGAUUUGAAUGGUUAUUGUCUCAGAAGAAAUCAAUCUUGGCUUUACCUUACAAAGAUACAUUGGCCCAAGCCCUGGUUCAAACUCCAUCUGAGUAAGUGGGAGUCUUUCCAUUGCCUUCCCUGAGCUGUGAAUCAGGCCCCUAGUAUGCAUGAUCAUGUCUCCCUCUAGGGGCUGGCCCCUGCAACUAUAACAACUUUCUACUUCUUGACAGAAAGAGUCCUUUAACUCAGGUGUAGGGCUUGUGUUUAUGGCAUUGAAGGUACCAGUUUGAUCCCCACUGGCAACCAUUGUGUCUGUACUUUUACAGGCUACAUUCAGAUCCAAACAGAGACCGGGGCAACUCUGAAUUUUGGACUGGGAUCCAAACUUGGUCAGAAUCCAAGUAUGGGCAGGUUGGGUUCACCAGCAAUAAAAACCCCGCAGCUGAACAGGUUGGAGCCUGGCCCUGCCGGCGGUAGGGGUUGGGUUAGCCGCAGGCGGCUUUGUUGGAAUCCGCAUAGACCCGCAGGCAGCACUUGGGAUGGCCCUACUGUAAACAUAAGUCCUGACCCUUGUGUGUUGUGUUUCUCAAAGUCUCCCUCGCUAUCUGCUCUUACUGUGAAUUCAAACCAGACGUUAAACUGUUCCCCUGUGUUCCGCGUUGACUGUGGAUGGGUCUCUCUGAACUCGGUCUAGCAAGACUUGGAAAAAACAUCCUCGAAAACCAAUACUUUCAAAAGAAUAAGUAUUCAUUAAAACAGGCCUAGCUGUGGCUCAUGUCCCCAUUCAGACACCAUCGCAUUAACUGUGCCUCUGGUAAAUGUCUUUAAAGAAAAGAAAUUAAAAAAAAAAAUUGACUUUUUGUACAGCAAAGAUGUAUCCAUUUAGAAACCUAUUGUUAAACUUCUAGCACAUUUCACAAUCAAUAACUAGUCUAUUGUACAUCUCCAUCGGGUUAUAACAUUGUGACGAGUCGCUGCCUUUUGGGUUUUCUACAAUGUACAUAUAUAGAUAUGUCCAUAUAGAGAUAGGUGUAUAUAUAUAUAUGUAAAGAUCUAUAUGUAUACGUAUCUCUAGCUAUCUCUCUAUAUCGAUAUCUGACUGUGAAGGAUUUUUAUUCCAUCAAAAUAAAAUGGAGAAAGGCCCCUUUUAAGAA